AUGAUUUAUUGGAAGACUAUUGGAAAAUUUAUAUGUGCGACAAAUGGAAAUGUCUAUACAGUUGAUUAUCAAAAUCCUGCAUUGAAAAUCAUGACUGCUGUUCACAGUUUCAAUUUCUCUGACGUACUUGUUGCAGCGAAUGAUGUUAGUCUGUGGGUAUGGGUCAAUCCUAGAAAUCAUAGCAAUGAUGCACAUCAUGUUUACUCAACAGCAUUUCAAUUGACCCGUACGAUCAAGUUUGGAGAUACUAUACCAACUGCAUUUAGACAUGGAAUGACUUUUGCGUUGACAAACAGCUGUGUAGCAUCGAUUAACAGACGCCCAGAGAAUAAUGGCUAUGUAGCACAGAUUAUCAUUCUUACUCUGCAUAUGAUUUCUAUGAAGAUGCAAGAUCUAUGUGCUUGCAACGGCUCAAUACAAAUUCGCAGUGACGGGAUCAGCCAGUUCUUUAUCACAACUGGUCAAAACUUAGUUCAUUGCGUGAGAACAUAUGAGGAAAAAAGGAACGAAUUGAACUUAAAUACAAUGGUAACUCUAUAUUGCUAUACUUAA